AUGUCGGACGACGAAGAAGCCGCUGCCAUUUCGGCGCCAUCGAUUCGAGGAGGACUGAGUCCAGAAGCCUCGCGACUCUUUCGUGCGUAUCGAACAAUCUCCAAUAUGCUGAGCAAACGUGGGUACAUGAUCCCCAAGGAAAUGCGAGAAAUGACGCCUGCAUCCUUCAAGCAGCGAUUUGGAGAUCAGCCAGGCCGAGAGUCGUUGACCAUUUUAGUGGAAAAAGCAGACGACAGCACCAACCAGCUCUUUGUGUUUUUCCCAGAGGACGAAAAGUUGGGAGUCAAGCCGAUCAAGACAUACACAGAUCGAAUGAGGGCAGAGAAUGUUGGAAACGCCCUUAUUGUCUUGAGGGUUGACAUUACUCCCUUUGCCAAACAGGCUGUUCAGGAGAUGAGUGAUGCGUUUCGGAUUGAACAUUUCAAGGAGGCGGAACUGCUGGUCGAUAUCACACAGCAUCAAUUAGUUCCCGAGCAUCAAGUAUUGACCAGCAACGAAAAGAAUGAACUGCUCAAACGAUAUCGUCUCAAGGAUACACAGCUACCGCGCAUUCAAGCCAACGACCCGGUGGCUCGUUAUUUGGGGAUGAAACGAGGACAAGUGGUCCGCAUCACGCGUCCGUCCGAGACGGCGGGGCGAUACGUCACCUACCGCGUCUGUAUGUAA